AAUGCCACUCAGGGCCUCCGUUACCCAGCCGCGCAGUGCAGUUCAGGGGGACUCGGUGUCUUGCUCAAGGACACGUCAGCAGGGCGGAAGUUGGCCGACAAUGAAGUCUUGAACCCUGAUCUUUGCGGCUGAGGGGCGGAGGACGCCGCGCUGGCUCCUGGGUCCAGCUGAUAUGUGAUUUUAGGGCCAGAAAAACACAGAUUUGCGAGGGAAAGUUCUUGAACUGCGCAGCAGAACGGCGGCCCACUUGUCUCCGGUGACAAGUGGGCCUGUUUUUACACCUUCCUUCUAAAUAAGGAAGCGGCCUGACAGACAUAUGACCACCGACCCAAUUUGGGAGCAGCCCGAGUGCCCCAUCGGGUCCCACGGCCGCUGUACGCCACCAAUAAGCUUUCUCCCCUUCCACCCCAGCAGUGACAGUGGGCCAUUCCCCUCAACUCUCCACAGACUUGGUAUUUUUCCUGCUGUCAGCACCCUCUCUACCCGUGUAUUAUCCCAGCGGUGAAGUCAGCAUGAUGUCAUCUAGGGAUGCGAUAUCCCUGGCAAGGUUGAAACAGGGUUUUUGGUGAGUGGUAAAGGAUUUAUUCUGAACUCUUACCGAGAGGGAGACAGAGAGGGGGAAGAGAGAGAGAAAGAGAGAGUGUGUGAGAGAGAGAGAGGCGCGGAGGAGCUGCAAAACAUGGUAAUCACCACCACCAACAUCACCAUCACCAUCACCUCCAGCUCUGCCGCGCACUCUCCCGUCUCCUCUCCUCCUCUGCACCGGGGCUUGCGUUUCAUGCCCAAAGCCCUGAUCUGCGCUCCAAAAAUAACCCUCAGCCAGCAUGCCGAAGGAAGCAAAACAAGAAGAGCGGUAUUUUUAGGGUCAUUAAUUUCGACCACGUGGUCCGAAGGUAAACCGGAUGGCCGUUGCGCAAAGGUUCCUCGUCAGUAUGUCCUGCGAGGCCGGCACGCCGCACUGGACGCUGACCGCGUUGGUUCUCCUGGGCUUUCUGCUGGGGAUCGUGUCAGCGUACCCUUUACCGAGCAGCAGGACAAAUGCAACUUUACUGGAGAAACGAUGGGAGACCCUCUUCUCCCGCUCUGUGCUGGGGAUCUCCGGGGAGAAACCGGAGCUGAACUGGGAGAGUGACUAUCUGCUGGGCAUCAAAAGAGUGCGGAGGCUCUACUGCAACGUGGGCAUCGGGUUUCACCUUCAGAUCCUCCCCGACGGCAGGAUAAACGGUGUACAUAAUGAAAACCAGUACAGUCUAAUAGAAAUCUCCACGGUGGAGAGAGGAGUGGUGAGCCUAUACGGGGUGAAGAGUGAGUUGUUUGUCGCAAUGAACAGCCGUGGAAGGUUAUACGGAACGACAGUCUUCCAUGACGAGUGCAAGUUCAAGGAGAGCUUGCUCCCAAACAACUACAACGCCUAUGAGUCUCUGGUUUACAGAGGCUCCUACAUAGCACUCAGCAAGCAUGGCCGCGUGAAGAGGGGCAACAAGGCCACCACUGCUAUGACUGUAACGCACUUCCUACCCCGAAUAUGAUGAGCAAAAACUGGCAAUAACAAACUUAUUUGCACACGUGGAUUAUUUCCCAGGUAACAUAGAUACCGUAUACGUACGUACAAACACAAAAGACGACAUGGACUGUAAAAGAAAGAAAUACAACUAUAUCUGAUAGUAUUUAUUCAAACUUUAUAUGUAUAUUUGGGUAGCUUACUUUGUAUUAGAAAAUUAUGGAAAUGCCAUUCUUUGCUGCUUUUAUGAUUUUCAUCAUUUUGUGAUAUGACGGGGAUGGAGAGGCGUCAUUUGUCCCCUCAGUUUUUAUGGGUGCUUGCUGGAAUUGGCUGAGUCCUUGCCCUGUCAGUGGAUGACGGUUCAUCCCUUUGGAAAUGAAACGGAUACGUUAUUACCUCAAAGCACCAUAUCCUGAGAAGAAGAGGAAGAAGAAAAAGAGAAAUGUGUGCAUGAAAUUUCUACAGAGUUUGUUUCCUUGAAAACAUUUUUUUUGUCAUCCAUCAAGAACUUGGACAUUUACCAUUCGUUAUGUUCGAUUGUGUCUGUCACUGUCAGGGCAACUAGAGCACUUGCAAAUAUGGUGGUGGUUUUUUCUUGCUUUGUCAUGAGGUGGCGGUGCCUUGAAUUCCGACUUGCAGCCCCCUUACCCUUGCAUGCGAGAAACGUGGUGCUCAAGUCAGAAAUAGGAAUGAAACGCAAGUCAUCACUCCCUCAGACACCACCGGCCCAAUUCCUAGAGGGCCAGAGGUUUCUCCACUUUAUUUUCUUUCCAUAAUUAGAUCAAUUAAGUAAUUGAGACUCUAUGCUGCACAGGACCCAGUGGAGCCUCUUGUUAAUAUGGAAAGCUAGAUUUAGAGUCGGCACUCAACCCCCCCCCCCCAUCAUGUCCAAGGGAGCUUUGACAAUCCCAGGUUUUACUUUCACAAAUUUUGUAGCUGGAUCAUCAGGCCAGAGUGAGUGUGUGAGUGUGUACUGAAUGUGUGGGCAUGCUUUUAUUUUUAGUAUGUAUGUGGAAUUGCUCAGUUUGAGAGCUGCUUAAUUUGAGAGGGUUUUUUUUUUUGUCUUUGGUUGUGGGUGCUCAAGGGGGCAUCUGUGUAGCAGAAUAUCAUAGACCUGACACUAUGAAGCAAAAUGUCCUCCAGUUCUGUCUGCUUUGUGUUGCGUUUUCCCCCUGUUCAAAUUGAGUUGGUGCUUCUGAUCUGUAGAUAUUUUAUUGUUGAUGGUUCACACUUAUUUAUUUAAUUUGUUUUUGAAAAUGUUGACUUUAUCACAAAAGUGAUGACAGGAGCUUUUUGACUUUCACUGGUUUGACGAUAUGACAUUUGGCACUAACAAUAACCUGCUUAUGCAGAAAUGAAUGAAGUUACAAUGGAUGUCAUCGAUUAGUAAGUUAACUGCGAAUAUGAUUUCAUGAUCCUGAGAUUUGUGAACAAUACUUCAGGUUAGCUUGGUCUGUCUGACAUUUAGAUAAUGUGGAUUGUGAUAAUUGAUCCCAGAGCUGUUUAGAUUCAGAUUGGUAACUGAGUCACAGUAUGGCUUCUUGUGAAAAAGGAAAUACGAGCAGUGUUGCAAAAACCACCGAACCAAAGGGUUAUAUUAAGAUGUUCAUUCAGGCUUUGUGUAUGCAGCAUACCAUACUUGAAUUCAACAACUGCUGGCGCUUCUCUUUCAGCUACUGUAGAGUGUGACGUGGGGGAAAGAGAGGAGGACAAAGAGCCGGCAAAGUUGAAGAUAGCAAUGAUGGCACUUCUGUAUGUGGCUCUGGUUGUUUGUCUAACUUGGCAAGGAUGUGGAUAAUGCGGGGUGAAACACCUGAGCAUAAGCACUGCUGGGCCCCUCGUCUGUUGAGGUCAGUUUGGACAGUCAGCGCAGGGUCUUGGGAUUCUUGUCCUAUUCAACUGAGCUGCUUUUGUACCAAGGUCGGAGAUGUAGGCUUUCUGUCUUCUGUGUUACUGAUGUAGGCGUGUUUUCUGGUCCAUCUCAAUGACUUUUACCUAAUUAUAUUUAUGGAGCUCUGCACCUGUGAGUCUGUUUCUUGAUCAAGACAAGAAUAGUUGUCAGAAUCUUUUUAAUGCUGAAAUGAGUUGCAACUGAUCUCGACUUUUGAUGAUUUUGAAUUUCGGUACUUGACCUGCAAUAUUCUGUAAGCGGCAAACUACCAGUCAGGCCAGCUUGGUGAAAUAACAUUUAAAGACAGUAGUGAGGCUCUUACAGAUAUAUCUUAUCAUGUUUUACCUCAUGCCCUCUCUAACAUUACUGUAACGCACUGACAAAAUGUCUGUGAGCAAUGGUUUACAUGCCCUUUAAGCUCCAGCUUCUGUCUAGUGGCAGAGACAGAUGUGCAGUAUGUAUGUAUGUGUGUAUGUGUGUGUGUGUGUGUGUCCGACUGAGCGCGCUCCUGUCAUGUUCUGUUUCUGCCAAAGCGACUGUAGAGAUGGUAUCAGAUCAAUUUACCUUGAGUCAUGAAUAACAGGGCAUUGUCUGACUGCACAAGCUGAUGUACUGUACUCUCCUCACAGGAGAGGAUGAAGACGAGAGUGAUGGGAAAAAGUAACACAGAGGCUACUGAGAGAUGCGUGUCAAAAGAAAGCAUUGAGUGUGGUUUAAGCUGGCGGUGAAUGUAGCAAAAGGCCACGUAAAAUGAAUCAAAUGCUUCCAGGAAAGGGACACUUGAGUUACCAGGCUGUCUGUCAGACUGAAUACUGUGAUCCAAGAGAGCAACUUGACACUACAAGGAUGUCUUGUUUAAUGUUUUUGAAUAUUGACACCAUAAUUGUGUUUAGGGGAUUUUGCCUUGAGCAUCCUAUUACUCAUUUUGACUAAUCAGCCUUUAUCACAUCACUAUGAUCGUAAAAUGAUCAUUUGUAGCUUUUUUCUGGGCUGAUCUCAUGGCAGUGAGGAGUUGGUUGGAGAGGUAUUUUGGCUAAUUUGUCAAAAUAAACAAAAGGUGCAAUUUUAUUUUAUUUUAUUUUGUUCUAUUUUAUUUAUUUAUUUUUGCAAUGGAGUGCAAUUUACUGAGCAGGGGGAAUAUGCUGUUUUCCCUUGCUAUGCUUUCAACAAAACAAGAUGACAUGCAAGAUCAAAAGCACUUGUUUUUAAUGACAACAUUGUGUCAAUUACUGUAUGUUUAUUUUUGAUUUAUUAUGGUAUGUUUCAGAGGACACUGUCAGCACAACAAGCAAUGUUUUGAGUGGUAGAAUGAUGGGAACUGCAAAGUUACACUGGCUCCUCAAGCUGUAUGAGACAUGUGAUAAGUUGAUAUUGUGGGAAAUGAACUUGAUAUUGUUUACACCUAAAGCAACUUAGCUUGGUGUUAGAUUUUCAGAGCUUGAGAACCGAAAGUCUAAACAAAAUAUUACCCUGUUACAAGUUCUACAACUUUUGCAUGAUGUUAUUUCGAGGCAGAAAAGGUUGUAUGAUAUAGCAGUAACUGAGAGAAGCUAAUGAAUGGUUAAGAAAAAUAUAAUCUUUCAACAUUAACCCUUACUUCCUUAAUUCCCCAUUAUGCAUAGAGAGUUCUGAAUGGACUAGGUAUGUGUUACCCCCUUUGAUUAAGGAUCCAGUGUCUGGAUUUUGCCAUUGUGCUUAUCAUACCUGUUCAGCUGGUUUUAAAAUGUGUUGGUUCACAGGGAGCUGGAGGUCUGUGGGAGGAUCUGGGAUCAGACUUGUGUGUAUGUGUCCCUGUGUGCCAGCAGCCUUUGUGUUUCUCUCUCAGUUUUCUAUUCCUGCACUGAGGGGAGAGUGCUUCCUCUGAGUCCCCCUCCUCUUUUUUAACAUAUACCUCACCUUCUGCCUUAGUUCCGAUUAUUGAAAUGAUUGUAAAUUAGUUUGAAACAACAGACUUCUCCAAUCAUUUGUUUCUGAAAAAUAUGAUGACGAGUAAGUAAAAUACUAUAUUACAAAUGGUUUUCCUUUUAUUUUUGUACGUAUGUGCUGUGCACAGCAGUCAACUGUAUUCCUGAGAUGAUAAUAAAAGACGUUUUGUAAAAGC